AUGGCCUCCGAACAGACAUCCGGGACUAUCUUGACCUUUCACCAUGAUGGAAAAUUGAUCAAUUUGCAGACUCAAGUAGUGUCAAUACGGCCGUUUUCUGCCCUUGAGGAGCAAAAUCGCGCCAUUUUCAAGGACGCUGGCGAUGAUGACUAUGUUGUCGUAACCAAGGAGACUAUCUUCCACCCCCAGGGUGGCGGACAGCCCUCUGACGAAGGAUCAAUCACAUCAGUUGCAUCUCCUGCCAUUUCUAUCGACAUCAGAGCGGCACGCAUGGACGUUGUCAACGACGGGCUGGUGCUGCAUCUCGGCCGCUUCAAAGACUCAACGGAGACGACACUUCAGCCUGGCGAUGUUGUUGAGCAGACCAUUGAUGCGGAGAAGCGCCUCCUCUACUCAAGACUGCAUACCGCGGGUCAUGUUCUGGGAUCAGCAGUAAGGAAUCUCCUGGAAAAGGAGAUUGAAGGGUUCGAUGAACUCAAGGCGUCGCAUUUCCCCGACAGCGCUGCCUGCGAGUUUCGUGGACUUAUCGAGGGCAAAUGGAAGCAGCCGAUCCAGGACCGCGUCGACGAGUAUCUUCGCCGUGCAAUGCCCGUGGAAAUUGACUUCUGGACAGAAGACGACUUCAAGCGAGAGGGCCUAGAGCGUUUGAUUCCCGACCGAAGCCUGUUGCCUCCAGGAGAGAGCAAGUUCCGCGUUGUGCGCAUUGUGGGAGCUGAGGUUUAUCCCUGUGGAGGAACACAUGUUGACACAACUGAUCUAUGCGGCGCAAUAACGGUGAAGAAGAUUGGGAGAAGCAAAGGUAUCAGCCGGGUCAGCUACACAGUAGCAUGA